AUGGUCAAAGGUCCCAUCAUGCUCGAAGCCGGUGUACUUCCAGCGGUACAGUCAGCUACUGCGAGCUUCAUGAUCCUCUUCACAGCUUCGUCCACGACGCUACAGUUCGCUAUCAACGGUCAGUUCCCGGGUGAAUUCCAGUUCGACUACAUGGCGUGGUUUGCGCUUGUAGGAUUUGUGGGAGGCUUCUGUGGCUUGAAAUGUGUCGGGUACUUUGUGAAGAAGUACAAACGCGAAUCGAUUAUGGUGUAUAUGCUAGCAACGACGAUCGGGUUGUCGGCGUUAGCUAUGGGGUUUAUCGGACUUAAAUUGACACUGGCAGAUAUCGAAAGUGGGGUCCAUCUGGGCUUCCACGGCAUUUGCGAUAAUGAAUAA